CAAAUCUUUUUGUCAGAUGCGCACCUGUGCAUUUCGAAUGAAAAAGUUGUUUUGACAGUAUUGGCGUAAAACUUCUUAACAUAUUUUUCUGUGAUAGCAUAUACAGAGAACUUGUUCUGAGUUUUCUGGGCUAUUUCGCAUCAUUCUAUUUUAAUCCAAUUGCAGAAGCAAAAAAAUGUUUCGCCAAUAUUGUGGUGCUGUCAAACCAGUGAUACAAAUGCUAUGUCUCCGCACUAAUCCAGCGUUUAUAUCGUAUCAAAGAUUUAUUUCAAAUAAGCAAAAAGCUGCAACUACUGAAGACACUAAUGAGCCAAUAAAGUUCUUUGGAAGUCAAGCCGCAUCAUGGCGUGCUCGUGAUUCAAGAAGUGGUGGCUCUGAGGACACAUUAUGGUUUCAGCCUUACGUAAUUUCAGGAAGUUUAGCGAUGUUUUUAUUGUACUUUUGCGUAUUUCGGGAAGAAAAUGAUAUAGACAAAAGGCUGGAGGGGAAUCUGUUUGAUCAAGUCGCGGGACUGGAAGAAGUACAACUUACCGUUAAUUACAAGUAUAACAGGGAAAACGGCCUGGAUACUUUAGAAAUAGAGAAACGAUUAUCAGAGAUGGGAAUCGACAUUAAACAGUUGAAUUGAGGAAUUGGUACAAUUAGAUAAUUGCAUUGUAAUUAAUUUGUGCACUAGUAUCGAAAAAAAGGUGCUAAAAUUUCACGCUACACAAAAAGUGUAUAUAAUUUACAUAAAAUAAAUUCUUUGUAAAUUUCGUUUGCAUAAAAGUUA